UGUGUACCACUACUGCGGAUGAAGAAGAAGAAGAACAAGCGCAGCAUCAAACAAUCGUUGUUACAACUCUAUGGGUGUUACUGCUGCUGCUGCUGUUGUUGUUGCUGUUGCGCCACAAUUGAGGAACAGAUAAUCAAGUAAACAAACGCUGAGGCCAGGACAAGAUCAGUUUUAUGAAUCCAGAACCAUCAUCGCAGUCUUCCGGGACAGAGCUACAUCCGCCCUCCGCAGGGACAACCUAACGGGAGCUCACUAAAGAAAGACUGCGAUGAUGACCGGCGUUAUAUGACAUGUGCGUUAUUCUUGUGCCUGAUCGGAGUGGUGGACGGAGCAAUGACAGGUGCAUUGGUAACGGCACUGCUUUACCUCUGGCCGUCAUCCAUCUCUCCACCGACAAACGAAAGUACAGCCAAACCUCUCAUGUGCACGACCAAUGACUGCAAGGUCCUGGCGCAGUGGCUGAGGGUGAAGCUGGACCAGAAAUUCGACCCUUGCGAUGACUUCUACCAAUUCGUUUGCGAUGAUUACCAGGGCACAAUUACUACAUCAAAAAUUACAGAGGACGUCACGAAAGCUGCCUUAUCUGCGGCUCGCGCCAGCACGGUCCCGCCCACGGGUCAGAGCGCCUGGCAGAAAGCGACGGCACUCUUCAAGGCCUGCGUGACGAUGUUCUACUCCAAGCGAGACGAGACCAAGGAGCUCAAAGCGUGGAUGACUUCGCUAGGCCUAGAUCUGAAUAACCUGACACCGUCUGGCCCGUUUGACCCGGUGGACAUGGUGGUGCGGUUCUCUCUCGACUUCGGCCUUCCAGUCCUGCUUACCUUCACUUUUGCAGACGUGGCGCUUGGCAACAAGCGUUUGAUGAUUUUACAAACAAAUGACGCUGAUGCAAGUUGGUUUGAAUACCGAGAAAAGGCCUUGAGUACAUCACCGGCGAAGAUUAAUGACUUCUACUUGAGGAUGCUCCAAAAGUAUGGCGUUGAUAACGAAACUAUCCAAAAGCUGUCCUCCGAAAUCAGCGAAUACGAGACUCGACUUUCUGCAAUACGUAAAAGUGCGCAAAAAGUAAAGGGUCAAGUUCAUGCACCCAUUGAAGACAUAGGCGCCUUGACAGAACCGCACAUCACUGGCGAAAUGUGGGCCGGAAUAAUUGCAAAGUACACGAAAACCAUGUACGGAGGCAAUGAUAUCAUCACCUACCAGAAGUUCGUCCCGGUGUUUCUGGUGAAAGCGCUAGACUCCAAAUACGUUGGCUCGCACGGAAUACGGUGCUGCAUGGCCUGGAGCCUGUUCCGCCAGCUCGUAAACUACGCGGAUCCCGGUCAGUUGCCGAAGCACAGAAACCCCGAAAGCGUUUGCUACAGGCACGCCAACUGGCUAAUGGGUUACGCUAUCACCAGCCGGUUCUACCAUUCGGUGAUCAGCAAGAAAUCAUUGAUGGAGGUGAACGAAAUUGCGUCCAACAUUCGCAAGGCCUUUCAAGCGGCAUUCCAGUCGUCAAAGUGGAUGACGGGAUCUGUACGCGAAACCGCCCUACGCAAAAUCAUGACUAUGCGGCAUCACAUCGGUGCUGUUGGAGCACUUAUUGAUAGCGCCUACGUGGAGAAGUAUUACGCGAGCUUUCCGGACUUGCCCACUGACCGGUUCUUCAAGGGUUGGCGGGAGGCCGCAGCAGCCGCCAUUCGCCAAGCUUGGGCCGACACAACGAUGCUGCUGCACAUGGAGACCGAGGCGAACGCGUUUUACACUCCCGUGUUUAACACGAUGGUCAUCUCUGCAUCGAUGCUGCUUCCCAAUAUAUUUUUCACUGAAGGUCCUGCUGCCUUCAACUACGGUAGCUUAGGCAGGGUUUUGGCUCACGAGAUGAUGCAUGGUUACGACGUCACGGGAUUAGAGUUUGACGAGAACGGCGAGCAGAGGCAUUGGUUCUCGCGUGAAUCAACCGAGCAGUACGUGAACAGGACGCUCUGCUUGCGGCACUUCCACAAGAACGUCCUCCGGCCACGGCAAGAAGCUCCAAAUGAUACGAUAGACUCGGAAAUCCUCGCCGACUUGGGGGGAACACCGAUGGCAUAUUCCGCGUUUACGUCGCUGCCUCCCUCAAAAAGGGACACCACGCUGCCAGGCGUUGCUAUGACAGGGAACCAGCUAUUCUUCGUCGGCCAUUGUACCGCAUGGUGUGAGAAACAAACAACGGAACCACCGCCUUGGCUAUUUGGCAACUCCAUCUACCCACCUGGCCGCUCUCGGUGCAUCGUACCACUUAUGAACAUGCCCGAGUUCUCCGCUGCAUUUCACUGCAAGCAGGGGUCGUACAUGAACCCGGCAAAGAAGUGCAGGUUCUGGACUUGAAAGCGGUACAGCCGACGCUUUCGUUGUGCAGUUCUCUGUCGGUCGCUGCAUAAAAAUUUCACGUUCUAUCUGCAAUCUAACAUAUAAGCUUACCACCUAAGCUUUCUCGCGCGUGUGUGCGCGUACACUCGCCUCUGUUUCCUGCUACUAAGCUGCUCUAAAAAAAAGGAAUAUUGUGUUGAUAU